CGCUUCGCUCUGGAAUAGAAGCUUAGCCGCGGACCUUCAGCGUCUUUUGCCGUCUCAAACUGCUACCUCUCUUAUUCGUUCCUCUAAUCUUACUUUGCUGAAUUCAGGAAAACUCCAGACACCUAUCUCAUUCAACGAGCUGAUUCCAACUAGCACAUGGCCACAAAAGAUCAUGGAGAUCGAGAUCCUUCGUGAAUUUAUGCAUCGUCUCGAGAUGGAUACCGGAACUCAACGUCGUCCCUCAUUACUUGAUCAAGCGUUAAUAAUGAAUAGGGUUUUGGCUAUUCUAUUGGGUGUUCUGGGCAUGGAUUUAGAGGAAGCUGCCACUACAUUUGUGCAACUCUGCACCGCUGUAUUCCCAAAGGAUG